UUCCUCGACAACAACAUUAUCGUUAUCACCGUCGUCACCACAGUCAGUAUCAUUUGAAAAAUUGUCUACGCCACAUCAAUUUCAAAGGAGUAGUUAUAAGAACACUUCUUCAAAAAAGUAUGCGUCGUUUAUAUCUGAAAAACGAUCAACUGUCUCUCCUUCUAAUGCGUACAAAAGUCAUUCUAAAUGCUAUCUACUGGCUAUAUUCUGCCUUAAACAUAUGCUGGAAAUGUAUGGACCCCAAGUUAUCAUAAAUUGUUGGCCUAUACUUAUGAAUAGUGAUUGCCUGCAGACAACAGCUUCUGAAGACAAAUCCUUCAAUUGGACUGCAUCACAUGGGAUCUCAAAACCUGAUAUGCUUAACUUGUAUUUUAAAACGAAUGAUGUAAGAAUUAAACAGAUAUUACUAGAAAUACUUGUUCAUCUGCUGUCGCAUGUUAAUAAACGUUUUGCUGUCGCUGAAGAUCUCACUCCUUAUUCUGCUUCAUUUAUACCAUAUUCUGUUAAAUUGGCUAUGGAGUUACGUCAUUUACAUCGUCGUCUAGUGUUAGCAUUAUCUGUUGAAAAAACAUAUGCAUUCCAGGCUUUACUACUCAAAGCAUUGGGUGCUCUUGUUCUGAUAACACCAUAUCAACGUCUUCAACCUGGCCUUUUAACAUCAUUACUCCCAAUGAUCAAUCAUCUACUACAACCAGUAAAGCUGAAUGUAAGUCGGCCAGCUGAUAUCCGAUCUGGAUGCUUGUCAUUGUUAGGCAACAUACUGGGCAAGGUGAAUGGACCUUUGAUUGAGGUCUUCCAGAUUUUAUCGCCUGCACUGGAUUUCCCAUACGACAAUACUGUUAGCCCAAGGAAUAACUUAAUGAAACCAACAAAUUUAUCUCCAACAAAUAAUUCAAGAAGUUCCUACUCGUAUUUCAGCCACACAUCUACGCCUUGUUGGCUUGUUCAAGUUUGUCUACGCCUCAUUCAUCCUGAUAUCGAAUCUAUUGAAUGGGAUACAAAAGCAACAACAAUAACAACAACAACAACUACUACAGCGAAUGAAAUCAACAACGCUUCAUUCAAUAAUCUUGAAAAUGAUACAAAAUCUUAUGAAACUUGUAUAUUUCAUCCAUUACAAGUUCGUAAAGAAGCUCUUGUAACACUGCAUCAAUUUAUUCCAAAUUAUGCCAAUUUUCUACAGCCAAGUUUACCGCUUAUCAUGAAAGCGUUGAUUUUCUGUAUACAGGAGAAACAAGAAAUUAAUGCAUUACGGACGUACAGUUUAAGAUUCCUAACUACUCUGUUGCCAUAUUUAACUAGUUGUUGUUAUGCCAACAAUAUUCCUUCACAGCAUUUCGAUGAGAAUCAAAGCAUGCCUAGAACAACAACAACAACAGAACCAAGCAUCAAUGCUAACUUACUGCUCAGUGAACAAAUGACUAACAUUCAUUUAACAAAAGCAGAUAAUAUUGAAGAUCACAGUAAUCAGAUAGUGAACACUGCAGACUGUUCCAAGAAUAAUAACAAUAAUAAUUAUAACUUUCAUAAUAAUAAUAAUAAUACUAGUAAUACUAUUACUAUUAAUUCUAAAUUACACAUAGAUGAGAUACAAGUUAUCUCAUGGUGGCAAACAUUUUUACCAUUCAUACUGAAUAUUCUUCAAAACAGUACAGUCAGCAUUGAUAGAUCAUGGUGCUGUCGGAUAUUAACAUGCAUUGAUAGCCAACUUAUGGAUUUAUUUGAAAAGCCUAAAGAUGAAUCCAUUCUAAUUGAUAUGAACACAAUAAGUGAAUCACUUUGGCGUGCGUUAGAUGUAGACGAUGAAACAUUAAAUGCUGAAGCUUUGCAUGCUAUUGGAACGCAUAUCUUGUAUAAACCCUUCGAAUGUCAUCUAAACCGCAUUGUUCGAUUACUUGAAAAAUCUCAGGAAUUAUGGUCUGUCUAUCAAUCAAAUUUUAUCGGAAUUGAGUCUGCCUGGUGUAUAGGGAAUUGUUUAAUAGUGUUAGCUAAAAUCAGAGAAAAGGCUGUGAAUAGUGUGGAUGGAAAUACACUUGACUGGAAUAGACUGAUUCAAACAUGUUGUGAGUUGUGUUCUACGGUGGAUAAAUCGACGAAGGUAAAUCAUGAAGUGAAACGAUCAACAAAGGUUGAAAUUGCAGGAAAAAAUGCGUUGCCAGCUGAAUGCGAAUCAGUUAAAACCACUAUUAAUAAUAAUAAUAACAACAAUAGCACAGUAGACGGUGUCAUUAAAAACCCAGAUGACCAUCGUUGUGAAAAUGGAGCUAAAGCAUUGGGUUAUGCAUUGGGAGUACUGGCUCCUGGUAUGAUAAAGAAACAAGAAAUAAUUAAUGAAAUGGUUAAGACAUUGUGCCAAGCCUUAGUAUUGGACAAAAUCAACGGAGCUGCAAAAGUUCGUUGGAAUGCAAAUUAUUCAGCCGGCCAUCUAUUUCGUAAUCAAUUACUUUGGAGGGAAUUGAUUAAAAAUCAUUUAUCAAUCGAUAAUGCUAUUGAAGACGAGAAGGAUAUUUGGUCAGUCAUUAUGCAUAAAUCUAUUCAUACUGACGCUGACUGUCAAUUGGAUCCAAUAACAUCUUCGCAGAGUAUACUGGAAUUAAGUGACAUCGUCAAAUAUUUAUGCAAAACCAUAACAUAUGAUAGAUAUUUCAAGGCUCGUGUCCGUGCAGCAAAAUCAUUAUAUGCAAUAUAUGAAUACUCACCGUAUGAUUAUCCCAAGAGUAUAAUUCAUUUAUUUACAACUAUUAUUAUCAAUAAACAAUUAACCAGUAGAACCACUCUGACAAUAAAUGAUCUCCCAGUCAUGUGGAUCAUAGAAGCAUGUAUUCAUACUUUAAUUAAUACACAGUGUACGCUACAAAAAGCUUACAGUAUUACGCAGGAUUUAUGCCCAAGUACAACAAUAACAAUGAAAUCGUCAACACCACUUCAACACCAUUUAACCGAAAAUAAUUAUCGUGAUCAAUCUGUUGUCAUGUCAGUGAUUCUACUCUUUCAAUCUCUAUACUAUUUAUUAAUACUUAUAAAAGAUUUAUCAAUUUCUAGUUACAGCGAGGCUAGAUUUUGUGCUGAAAUGAUAUGUGCGCAGUUGGAAAAUUUAUUCAAUUUAAGCGAUUUAAACAAUCCUGUUGUAAUUGAACAAAUCAAUAAUUUAAUCGAGAUUAGCUUACAAUCAACUGGUGAAUACUUGAAAUGUAUUCAAACAAUAUUUUUCGAUGAAAUUUCAAUGAAAUCUUCCACUAGCCAUGAUGCUUAUUAUUAUUGUACUAGUAUAAACCGUACAAUCGCUAAUGUUGUCAAUAUAUUUAACGAAUACAACAAGUGUGAAAGCACAGUGUUCAUGGAAUUGCGCAGUUUGAUGAAGUUUUUAUCCAGUUGUUCUUCAGUCAAUAGUUAUUCAACAGAAGGGUUACAAUCGGCAGUGGAUGAAAAAUAUUUGGAAGAAAGACGAAGAAAAUCACAGCGGUCUGAUGCCUCAGGAUUUCGACAAGUUUAUGACUGAAAUGUUUCAAUUACUCUCUCAAUUAGAUUUUAUGUUUGCUUAAUUCUUUUUUGUAACUCGUUUGUUUAUGUGUGUGUGUGGUUAGAUUUCUGAAAUAGUCGUAAUGUAUGUGCAGUUUGUAUUUUUUAAUGAUAUUGUGAAUGGGAAUACCAUCUAUGGGACAAUUUUUUUAUGAAGUAAUAAAACCGAAGAUGCAUUUA